UGCGCUGACUCCGCGCACGUUGAGCGCUCGAAGCGUGUUCGUGUCCCGGCCGCAGCCGGGAAUGGAGGCCUGCACGAUUACAGCUGCCGAGGACCUUGUGGGCGACCAGAUUGUCCCUGGCGGCGGCCGCUGGGGCGCUCCUCACGCCACCGGUCUACUCGACUCCUGGUUUCAGAUGCAGACAUCUGAACUCGAGUCGCUUCUGUGCAAGCAAGGGGGCGCCGCUAUCGCGCCCGGCCACAUGGACCUCUUCGACGGGGGGACUUCUUCGCGCGAUGAUGCCUUCCUCCGCCCCGCCCUGUGGGAGGACAUCGCCUCUUCCAUCAGGAACAUCGAUCCUGAAAAUGCGAAUAUGCUCGCUCCGCUCGGAGCCACUCACGUUAAACUCGAAACAGAAGACGCAUUACUCGAAGAAUGCGCCACUCCACUCCUUAGUCCAUUGGAAAUCAAGACGGAGAGAUUGGGCGCGCCACCGACGUACGCCCACCCUCAGCCGGCGCAGCAUCACCUCCAGCAGCAGCCGGCGACGUCGUUCUCAAAAUACCCACCUUCGAGACUUGUCUACAUGUCUCCUCUGACGCCGCCCGGUUCCGACCAGGGCAGCCCGGGCAAUACCAUGCAGUGUGCGCGCCGCACGCCGCCGCCGCCGUACCACCCGCCGCCGCUGCUGCGCGCGCCGCUCGUGCAGCACCAGCCGCAGCAUCAGCAUCAUCCACCGCCUAUGCCCCAAAUGCAAAUGGCGCCGCAGCCCCCGCCGCCUCAGCUGGGGCACGUCCCCAUGCCCCACUCAAGACUGGCCCCACCAUCCUCCGUCAAAUAUAACAGGCGGAACAACCCGGAGUUGGAGAAGAGAAGAGUUCACCAUUGCGAUUUCCUUGGUUGCACGAAGGUCUACACAAAAAGUUCGCACUUAAAAGCACAUCAAAGGAUUCACACAGGAGAAAAGCCCUAUACUUGCCAAUGGCCUGAGUGCGAGUGGAGGUUCGCGCGGUCGGACGAGCUGACGCGCCACUACCGCAAGCACACGGGCGCAAAACCCUUCAAGUGCGCCGUGUGCGAGCGCUCCUUCGCCAGGUCCGACCACCUCGCGCUGCACAUGAAGAGGCAUUUGCCCAAAACCUCUAAAUGACACGCGAGACGAGGCGCAGAUCAAAUGCCUGCGCCUCAAAUCUCUCAGGAGGAAUGUAGUGAAAAUAUAUUUCUAGAAUGUGACCUGGACUCUAGCCUGAUGGACACAUUCUACGGAGUGCCGUGACUGUCUGUCUGCUCGUUGUGACGGGACAGCGGCACGAGACUGGGAGAUCAGAUACCGUUCGGUAAAGCGGCUACAAGAUAGCACUGUGUUUCAAUAGGUACCUUAUAAGAAAGACAACAGAUUUUAAGUCAUAAUACUAUAUUUAUGAAGCCUUGAAUUCGUAUUAAACGCCCCGGGGGGCAUCAACAAACUACUAUAUUAUCAUUAAAAGGCCCAAUAGGUACAAUCAUUACCAAGGAAAUCGCUUUACAUAUCUACAUACCUAAUUAUAUUGUAAAUUGUUAGAGCUAUUGAAGUCAUCUAUAAAACAACUUAUAUAAGUAAGUACUUGAUAGAUAUUUAUGUAUUGAAAAAUGACAAUUAUGUGAACGGUGUGUAGCGAUCGUAACCUUAUUGUGAAAUAUUGAACCACACUUUAUCUAGAACUACUAUAUUAAAAUUUUAUCAAAAUUUGAGUUAAUUAUUGACAACGCAACCCUAAAUAGAUUGCUAGUUUCAAAUCAGUAAGUACCUACCUAUAUUGUGGUCUUGUAAGAUAAGUAAAGUCCACUUACGUUGAAAUACGUAUUGAUAAAGUAACAUUUGCUCACUGUAACAAUAAGACGACGAUCGCUAUGUAUCGUUAUUAUUUAGUAUUCUUUAGAUAUGAUUAAUUUAUUGAGUUAAUUAAGAGUAACAUUGAAUAUCCAAGAUAUUAUCAAUAUCGAUAAGUAAUAGUAAUAAUUACAUAAUUAUUAUCAACUAGCGUGUAGUCAUUUCAAUUGUAUGACGGUGACUUCGAAUUUGAGUAUCUGCUUCAAUUUAAAAACCUAUUUG